AUGGGUGCUACUACGCGUGCCAGAACAGGCAACUCCAAACCCCGCAUCAUUUCCAACCUGGAAUCCGCGCUCCCUCCCACCACCAGCACAAAGGCAAAUACCUCCAAGCCGCGCGCGACCAAAAACAACGGCUCCAAAGUCGCCGGCGGAAGAGUGACAAAAGCCAAAAGCGGUACAACAGCAACGCCAACAACAUCAGCAACAGCAACAGCGAAGAAAGACAAGCCCAGCGCCAACGUAAAAACCGUCAAGAAACCGCGCACAAAGACGGAGAAAGCCGUGGAUAGCGUCGUCGGGACAGCUGAGAAGGUAGUUGGGGAUUUGCAAGGCAAGCCGGGGAAAAAGGCUGCAGGUACAUCCAAGAUGCGCGGCACAGACUCAACAACAACAACGACCACCACCACCACCACCAAACGCGCACGUGCUUCUGUCAAGACUUGA